AUGGAGCCGCCGCGGUCCAAAAAGGAUGUAAGAAGCUUCCUUGGCAAGGUGCAGUUUAUCAGUCGGUUCAUUGCCAAAUUAACUUUAAUAUGCGAACCAAUUUUUCGCUUGCUUAAGAAGGGUGUGCCAUUGAAAUGGGACGACAAGUGCCAGAUAGCCUUCGAGGCAAUUCGAACUUAUUUGCAAAAUCCACCGGAAGGAGACGAUGGGGUUGAAAGGGCUGUCUACUAUCUGAGCAAAAAGAUGGUCAGAUUUAAGGAGCAUUAUACUCCGUUGGAGAAAACAUGUUGGGCGCUUGUUUGGGCUUCCAAGAAAUUGAGGCAUUAUAUGCUAGCCUAUCCAGUAAGGAAGUCCGUUAAAGGAAGAGCUGUAGCUGAAUUCUUAGCUGACUGCCCAGUCGAAGGAGGUGAAGAUGUUGAGUUUAAGUUUCCCGACGAAGACAUAAUGACUCUAGCUGAAGAUGUUUGGAAGUUGUACUUCGACGGGGCUGCUAAUCAGAAAGGGUUUGGAAUUGGUGUGUUGCUAAUAGCACCCGAUGGGUCCCACAUUCCCCUCGUAUUCAAGCUAAAUUUUGAAGUCACCAACAAUCAAGCAGAAGAAAUUGGAAGUGGUGGGAGAUUCCAACCUGGUAGUGUCACAGGCAAUGGUGAUUGGAAAGUCAAAGAAGAGAAGUUAAAGCCAUACCAUCAAGAUCUAGAGGAUCUCAUUCCUCAUUUCAACAAGGUAACUUUUACUCAUGUACUGAGGCUCAAGAAACAAUUUGCGGAUGCCUUGGCAACGCUAGCAUCCAUGGUUGAGAUUCCUAUCGGGGUAAAACUAAGGCCAAUUGUGAUUGAACAAAGAGAUACACGGGUAUACCAGCAUGUCAUGGCCGUUGAUGAGCCUGAUGAUGGUCACCCUUGGUAUUAUGACAUUUGGAGAUUCAUGGAAAGAGGCAAAUACCCCAUUGAAGCGAGCAAGAAAGACAAAAUCGCUCUCCAGAUGAUGGCGGCUCAAUACAUCAUUUGUGGAGGAAAUCUAUAUCGGAGGUCGCAUUGCGGCAUGCACAAGUUAUGCAUCCAUGGUGCAGAGACAAGAAGGGUAAUGGAAGAAAUUCACGAAGGUGUGUGUGGUCCUCACAUGAACAGCAUGAUGCUCGCCAGGAAGAUCCUCAUGCAAGGAUAUUUCUGGUCCACCAUGGAGACAGAAUGCGUGGAAUACGUACGGCGAUGUCAGAAAUGCUAG